AUGGAUUGUUCAGCUAAGGCACAGAUUAAUGGCAUGCAGGGACAUGGUGUCCCCACGUCGAAGAUCCUAGGUUAUAUGGCAGGGCAAACUGGGGGGUAUUCUCUGCUGGGUUUCACGAAAAAGGAUGCCUAUAACUACAUCGAGAAGACUAAGCGGGAGAAGAUUGUUGAUGGAGACGCUAACACCACAAUAAUUUAUUUAGAGGGAAAAGCAGUGUCGGAUCCGAUGUGCAUGGCUAGGUACAAUUUGACGGACAAAAAUAUGUUAGCGAACUUGUUUUGGGCUAAUGGUGGGAGUCGGGUUGAUUACCAACACUUUGGUGAUGUGCUUUCCUUCGAUUCGACUUACAAGAAAAACAAAUACAGGAGACCUUUGGUUAUCUUUUCUGGCUCGAACAAUCAUAAGCAAACAAGCAUAUUUGGAUUUGGUUUGGUGUUGGAUGAAAGCAUUGGGUCAUACACGUGGUUGCUUGAAAAUUUCUUGGAGGUAAUGUGCAACAAAAAGCCAUCGGUGAUUGUGACAGACGGGUGUGACUCAAUGAGGGCAGCAAUCAGGGCAGUGUUUCCGGAGGCCACACAUAGGCUGUGUGCUUGGAAUUUGGAGAAGAACGUGACUUCGAAUGUGAAGGAUGAAGGCUUAAGACAACUUUUCACUAGGUGGCUGUACUCAAAUAUGGAGAUAGAAGAGUUUGAGGCAGAGUGGGACGCAGCUGUGGUUGAAUACCGACUUCAUGAUAGUUACUGGGCUAAGGAAACCUAUGAUAAGCGGAAAAUGUGGGAAAAUGCAUACCUAAAAGACAAAUUCUGUGCCGGAAUGUUGAGUUGA